AUGCUUCUCAAAACUUCAAAAACCAUAGCUUUGUGUUCUGCUGCGAACUUUAUAAAUGCUGCUGACAGAAUUAUUAUGCCAAUAGCCAUUAUUCCUAUGACAGACCAAUAUAAAUGGAGUUUACACUGGCAAGGGUGGAUAUUUAGCGCUUUUGCCUUUGGUUAUAUAACUAGUCAGAUAGUCGGAGCCAGUGCAGGAUCUCGAUUUGGCUGCAAAUUCGUCAUGACAUUUGCAGUUUUCCUGUGGUCUCUUUCAACAGUUGUCACACCCAUUGUAGCAUCAUCAUUGCCUUCACUCAUCCUUUGCAGAUUUUUUCUUGGUCUUGGAGAAGGCAUAGGUCUUCCCACAAUUUUUAACAUUUUUGCUCAUUCUGUUCCUGCUGAAGAAAGGUCUCGAGCUUUUUGCUAUUUAACAGCUUCCGGUACUGCUGGACAAACUAUUGCCUCUUUAAUUUGCCCUCAUUUGCCAUGGCCUUGGAUGUUUUAUUCAUUUGGAAGCUUGGGAAUAAUUUGGGUCCUUCUGUGGAUUGCAUGUUUUGUAGAAAUUCAAAAUGCUAAAGAUGAAGAAAUAGCUCUUGUUAUGCCUAAGGUGACAAAUAACAAUGUUCGGUGGAUAGAAUUCGUAAACCGAUGGUCUCUAUGGGCAAUAUAUAUUGCUCAUUUUUCAAUGAAUUGGACCAAUUACAUCAUAAUGCAAUGGUUGCCAACAUAUUUAUCACGUAACCUUGGGGCUAACACAGAAGACAUUAGUAUUACUGCUGUGCCUUAUUUAAUAAAUUCAUUAUGUGGUGUAGUGUCUGGCCAUUUAGCUGAUUCCUUGAUAUCAAGAAAAUGGACAAUUUUAUCUGUCAGAAGAUUAAUGACUAGCAUUGGCUUAAUCGGACCUGGCUUGUUUCUUUUGCUUUUUACAAGAGUGAAUAACUUAUUAGCUGCUGUUAUUUAUGUUUCAAUAUCAAUGGGGUUAUGUGCGAGUAAUUCUGCUGGACAUUUAAGUAAUCAUGCAGAUCUUGCUCCAAAUCAUGCAGGAGUUACUUUUGCUGUGUCAAAUACAUUUGCAACUAUCCCUGGCAUUUUGUGUGGACCUUUAACUGCAGCUCUAGUAACUCAAUCCCAUGGGCGUUGGUUUCCAGUGUUUGUUUUAGCUGCUUGUGUUAAUUUUGUUGGAGCAAUUAUAUAUUCCAGCCAAAGUUCUGCUAGCCAGGCAUUAUGA